GUGUUUACACCACUUACCACUUAGUUUUAGUUCUCAUCUUCCAUCCAUGUUCCAACCCAUUGUCAACGUUUUUGUAUUAAAUAUAGAAUUUCCAUGAAUAUUUAAAGACACCACAAACUUUCUAUCUAUCAAGAAUUCAGUAGAAAAUGUGUUCAAAUGGAUUCGUGGGCGUCAGACGGCUUUUAUUCGCACUUUCCUAGUUAUUCGCAGCAGCCAAGUCGACGUGAAGCAUUGGCCAAGGCACGCCAGCUUGAAUAUCAAACAUUUUUGAGCCGUGUCUCGCCACGGAAAGGUAAAAUCGAUGGGAAAGCGCAAAAACGACACACAACCAAUGAAAGCCAGUGCAAACGACCGAAAAUACCCACGAAUGAUACGAUGCAAAAAAAUGAAUUGCCAAAAUUAGACACGAAACACACGGCGGAUGAUAAUAACGGUGAAUCGGAUUCGAGCAGUCGUGUCGAAGUGAAAAAUAAGUUUUUAGACGAAUUAGAAAAUAUGGAUCUUCCAGACAUAUUCAACGAACAAUCCAUCAACGAACGCAAUCAGAAAUCAAAGGAGGACAAGAGAUUGCGAAACAUUCAGUAUCAGCAAGAGUUAAUGCAACAAAUUGAGCAAAAACGACGUGAACGAGAAAUUCAACGAGCCAAAGAACAACAAGAAGAGGACAGAUUAACCAAGAGAAUGGAAGAGCAAUUAAAAAUGGUGCGUUUGCAUGAUGAAUUAGAAAGCCAACGUCAAACACGUCAUCGUGAAAAGUCUCGAAUAAAUCUCGAUUCCAAUAGGCCAAUCGUGGCACAACAGCCGACCAAACCAUCGAUAACUGUUCGUUCCGAGCAAAUUGAGCCAAACGCUUGCACAUAUCGUUCGUACGACGAACGCAAAGCCCACACCGAUCGUGGCAAAGAGAAUUGCGAUGAACCGAAACGAAAUGAUAAAGAGAUAUAUAAUUUUUUCACGAAUUCAGCUCAAAAUCAGCUCAAAGAUACUCGGUACAGUCAUUACUUUGACUUAGAAGAUUUAAGCGAAAAUGAGAUUUUGCCAAAUAGCCUGUCUUCAUCCACAUACAAUACAUAUCCAUCGAAAUCCACGCGUCGUCAAGAUGCGGCCCAAAAACGUCAAAACGACCCCAUCAAACAAGCCAUGUGCAAUUUUUGUAAGCAUAAUCGCUUUUUGGCCCGCAAUCAAGAGGAAAACAUUGCCAACGGUUUGAUUUGCGGUUCAUGCGAAAGUGAACCGAUUUGCUUGAGUUGCCGCAAGGAAAUCUGUACUCGAUGCAAGCGGCCAACAAAUAACGAUGAACAUGCUUUGAAAGCACCACAACGUCAUCUCAAACAACGAAACACAGACACCGAGUUUAUUGUCACAAAAGAUCAAGAGCCACAAGCAAAGCCAAAGUAUGUGCGGCUAGAGAGUUUCCGGCCAAUUUACACCGACGAAGAUGACAGUUUGUCUGAUCUCAGCUCCAGUGAUCACAAACCAUACUCAUUCAACAUUGACGAAUCAUCAGUAUUUCAUCCAGCCAAAUCUCGACUCAAUCGUAAAUUAUCGGUCAGCAUUCGAAAUGGCGAGAUCUUUGUUCAGCCCGACUCAUUCGAUGAACUCAAACGCAUCACCGAAGAAAAAUUGAAAAAAUACGCAAAAAAUUAUGGUGAUUUCCGAUAUAAGCGGCCGGUUGACGGUAAAGAAGAACGUGUGCAAGAUAUUCGAAUUCCAGUUCCGAUGUUGGCCAAUGCAAAACCAAAAUUGAACUUGGAUCCGAUGCCAGCUAUGCGCGAUAACACCAAAAAACUCAUCGAAUUCGCCAAGGAACUUGAACGAGGUGACAAAAACAUCUUCAAGCGUAUCGAAGCAAAACACCAGGUGCCCGCCGUACAGACGAACAAAGUCGUUCAGAACAAUGAUAUCACCAGUACUUUGACUCAAGUCGGUGCCUUCAAGAAGCAAUUGCUACUGGAUAAGCUUAAUUUUUAGGUUAAUGUGCCUUUUUUUUCACCGAUAGCAUUUAAUAUCUGUAAUUCAGAAUACUCAUCGGGGUUCGAUGCCCAACAUUUUUUUACAUGAGAAAUUGUUAAUUUAAUAAUAAUAGUUUAGUGUUUAUACGUAUCAAAAAAAAAUCCAACAAAUUAUUGCACUUUAUAGGUCAAAACAAAUGAUAAUGAUGAUAAUUGAAUAUGAUUAAAAGAAGCAGUUUAUUUGCAUUAUUCUAGA